AUGGAAAUUAUUGAGCCAAAUUUAAAUGUUGAUUUGGAAAAAGAACGACGACGUGCAGAUGAAUUUGAAAAUGAUUAUAAAUCUUUAAAAAUAAAAUAUGAUAAUGUAUGUGAACGUAUUCGUAUAGCUACACAUCAAUUAGAACAUGUACAAAUUGUACUUGAAGAAACAUCACGUCGUUGUGAACAAUUAGAAAAAGAAAAGCUGAAUAUGCAAAUGAUUCUGAUUGGUCGUCCGGCUAAGUUCACACUGGUUAAUACAACAAGUUCGGAUUAUAUACGACAAAAAUUUCGUAGAAAAUUAUAUAUAUUUGAAGAACAAUGUGAACUUAUUAGUUAUUUAGCUGAAAAAACAACUGUACAUUAUAAGCCAUCAGAAAAACGAACACUAGAAUAUAAUGUCAAAUAUGAAACAUUUUUUGCCUUACGACAAAAUGUGCCUACAUUAAAUUGGUUAACAUCAAAGCAAAAAGAAACAGAGAAGAACAUUUGUUUUAUGCCUUAA